AAGACAUUAGAAAAUAUCUCCCAUGGAACAGAGCAAUAGUCUCAGAUAAUAUCUCGUUCUACGACAUCCGAGAUGUAUUGAGAAAAGAAUAUAGGUUCGAGGGAAAAUUACCAGACUCAUAUUUCUUUAUUCAUACUGAAUUAUCAAAACAUCCUAAACACGUAAACAUAUCAGACCUUCCAAAUAAUAUCACUUUGCCAAUUACCAGAAAAGAAGAUAUACAACUCUUAACAGAAACUCUGAAGAAAAAAUAUACAUUUACAACUAAUAAACUUUCUAAAGAAUGGAUUGAUUUAGAAGCAGACACCAGACCUCCUCUUCCUACAGAUAUGAAUACAGCUAAUAGAAUAGUCAACACCAAUUUACCAAUUAACAGAACUCAAAUAUUACAAACAGUCAAACAAUUAAGACUGCAUUACAAGUUUAACAGACUUCCAAAUGAUUGGAUUUUAACCAAUUACACUUCACAAGAUGAACUUCCAUCAAUUGAUAAAUAUAAAGAAUCUAAUAAAGGAGGUUAUGGUCCAAUCUAUACACUAUCACAAACCUCAAUAACGAACCACAAUUAUAACAACGAUGAUGAUAAAGACAACAAUAUUUGGGAUUCUGAUCAAGACCUUUCUCUUACCUCUCUUUUCUCCAAAAUCACAAACAAUUUAAUAAAAGAAAAUGAA